AUGAAUGCUCAACCAGAUCUCUGGCAAAUUUUCCAGUCCGUUGAUAAGGACCGUUCUGGCCAAAUCAGUGGAGAAGAACUCCAAAAAGCGCUGUCUAAUGGGACCUACCUUCCAUUCAACGCUGAAACGUGCAGAUUAAUGAUCGGUAAGCCUUAUGGACGAAGAUAACUUCCUUCCAGGCAUGUUCGACAAGGACGGGGAUGGAGCUAUAAACUUUAACGAGUUCACUGCACUAUGGAAUUAUAUCAACGACUGGACCCGGUGCUUUCGAAGUUUCGACCGAGACAAUUCGGGAAACAUCGAUAAAGGAGAACUCAUCGCAGCAUUGACACAAUUUGGUAUGUAUUCACAGCUUUGUUUUUACUUUAUUCAGGAUACCGUUUAUCUGAUCAAUUCUAUGAUCUACUGCUAAAGAAAUUCGACCGUACCCAUAGUAAUCGAAUCAUCUUUGAUGACUUUAUUCAAUUAUGUGUUGUUCUACAGACCCUGACCGCUUCAUUCCGUGAUAAAGACGCGGACCGGGAUGGAUUUAUCACUGUACAUUACGAAGAAUUCCUACAGAUGGUUUUUUCACUUAAAUUGUAAAUGUAUUCCAUAUUAUCAGUAUAAACACUGUGUUCACUUAAUUAAAAAUACUGUUUUCAGAUCCUUGAUGUCUCGAAAAUAA